CGAAAUCAGCCAAUACCAGGUACGAGAGCUUCUAUCGCGUAACAAAACGCGCCACACUCUCUUACACUGCCCCCCAAAAAUGCUGAUUUUGAAAACCGAGUAGACAAAAUCACCGGUUCCAAAGUUGUCAAGUCUAAAACAACUGGAGUUAGAAGAUUGGAUCGACUCGCCGGCGCCGGCUUUAGAUCAAGAUGGUAAUAGCUUAAUCUCAGAGCUACGGUUAAUUCUUGGUCCAUCCUCGCGGAGUCGGUUUAUUGCAAAGAGUCUUCCGCUUUCAUGGAGACCUGAGUCAGCGCCAAACGCUUCUCCGUCGUCACCACCGUCAUCAUUAGCGGCAGCAUCAGAACGCACUGCCUUUGGAUUUCCAACGAGGUUCGAGGAUGUUCCACUUGAAAAGUCGGUACCUUUUUCCAGGGCUACGUUGGAGUUGAUCAUGGACGCGUUCCAUCUUCCGUCUUCCGCGCCGUGGCUCUUCGUGACGGACUCAACUCAUUUGCAGAAGUACACUCUAGACUCCAACGGUUCAAAGAAAUCUUGGAUUGGGAUCACCAUGAGAAGGUCUACUCGAGGGAUCAUUGCCAUGAAUAUCAAACUAGCACUAUCCCACGGCCUGGAAACAGGCCGGACCUGCGGUAUUCUGCUCGGCUGUUCGGACGCGCAGACGGACUUCAUUGUCAUGCAGCUGGAGUCGUGCGCGUCCUUUGCCUGGCAUCCCCUGCUUUUGCCCUGUUUGUUCACGGAAUACCAUCACAAUCUUCUCAGCGGUGAGGCAGCGAAGCUUUGGGGGCAGCUCCUGCGCGUGGAGACGGUGAGCGGCCAGACGGGCGCUCCGGCGAAGGACUUGUCCAUGUACGACGAUUCUGAGUUCGCGGAUACGACAAAUAGCAUCUUGGGUGUUGUCCAACUGGCCACGGCAUGGGAAAGUAACACGCAUGCGCUGCUUUUGGGAGUGGAUGUGAUCAAGGACGGCCUCGCCGGAAUCAAGAAAGCAGCGCCGGAUGAUAGGAGUGGUGCCGUCAAAAGAGUAACAGAGAUGCUUUCGGAACACUUGGAGCUGACCGCACACAAGUCAAAAGUGGUGCUGUCAGAUCUACAAUACAUCACCGCUAGAGCACAGGCGCAAACGAAUGCGGUAUACAACCUUCUGGCCAGGCAGGGUAAUUUAGUCGGCCAGCGGAUUGCAGCCCAGUCUCUUGAUACCUCGGAAGCUUCACGCCAGGUAGCCGUCGCUACAAAGAGAGACAGCUCGGCAAUGAAAGCAAUCGCCAUUCUCACAAUGACGUUUUUGCCAGGAACAUAUAUUUCGACAUUCUUUGCGGCUCCUUUUCUCGAUUUCUCAACUCCGUCUAGACUACCGCUACCGAGACCCACUUUCUGGCUUUACUGGGCGGUGACGGCGCCAUCCACUGUCUUCAUUGUGUCCGUAUAUCUGUUGUACGCGGCGCUCAUAAAACGGAGGCACAAGCAAGAAGAUAAAAAGACUCAGGAGGCUGUUCGUGCUGCUAAUGGAAAAGCCACAGAGCGUACGGCCUAGGGAAACCACGCGACAGGAUCGAAUCAUGGAAAAGGCAUUCUGUUGAUAGCACAAAGACAGCUAAUUCCACAGCUAGGUCAUUUAUGAGAUAUAUAUGAUACUCGAG